AAGAAGUAUUUCCGACGAUUAAUUAUUUAUGAAGUGGGCUUAGAAUUUAAGAGUCCAAUUAGUUUUGGGCUUGCAUCCCAAAUCAUAAGCUAAAAAUAAACAAAGGCACCCGAAUUCAUCAUCUUUAGAGAGAAGAAAAAAAGAAAAAGAAAUUGAAGUACAAUCUUCAACGUAACUGAAUCCUCCAAUUGCCAUGAAUUUCUUCAAAUCCAUUAUAACAGACGAUCAGGAAGCUCCGACUUCCGAAUCCGACCCGGAUUCACCCGGCGGAGUGAGCAAUCCCAACGACGCCGAUGAUGCCUGGAGUUUCGGGGGUUUCGUCAGAUCUUUCUCGAUGCAAUCCGAAUCCGUGAUCGAGGCGUACCGCAGAGAUCUCCAGGAAUUCGGGUCGGGUCUCAAGAAAGAGACCGAAAUUCUCCGGGAGACGGCCAGCCGCGCCGUCAAGGACCUGCCGGCUUCGCUCGAAGCCGCACAGGGGGCAAUCGACGUGGUGCUGAAAUCGACGGCGAGUAUGAUCAAUAAAGAAGCGCUGGGGUUUUCUUCGGACGGCGAGUCCGAGAUGCCGGGGACGAAUCGGAGCCUGAAUUCGGGUCGCUACAGUCGGUUCGAGGCGCAGCUGAUCGCGAUUCAGAGUGAUUUGAAUACUUUCUGCAUGGAGCCGGAGGAUGCGGAGGAUUACGGGAAGUGGAAACUAGGGUUUGAAUUGGGGGAUUAUGAGGAUGCGAUCGAGGGUUUGAUCGGGGAAAAUGGGAUUAUGGAGGGUAUUUAUGGGAAGGCCGUUCCCAAUGCUGUUGAUCAGGACACAUUUUGGUGUAGGUACUUUUACAGAGUGGAGAAGCUCAAGCAGCAAGAAAAAAUGAGGGCGAGUAUCGUGAAGAUGGCGAUUUCGAAUGAUGAUGAUGAGGAUUUGUCGUGGGAUGUCGAUGAUGAUGAUGAUGUAGCUAGUGAUGGGAAGUCGAAAGGCAAAACUGAGGCCGUUGAUGGGGAAAAGGUUGAGUUGAGUGAGAAGAGUGGUGUGCAUGAGAGAGAGGGGAAGAGUGGAACAGUUGAUGAAGAUGGGAAUGAUGAGAAAGUGGGUGUGGAGAAGAAAGGUGAGGAGGUGGUGGUGUCGAAUCAGGAGGAGGAUUUGGGGUGGGACGAAAUCGGGGACAUUGGUAGUGGCCAUGAGAGGAAAACCUCGGCCGCUCAUGGUGGUGGGAACCCGAAGAAAGACGACUUACGGAAGCCGUUGGCUGUGGAAGAAGAUGACGAUGACGAUUUGAAUUGGGGUAUUGAGGAUGAUGAUGAGCCCGUGAAAGCUUAAUGGCCGAUAAAUGUUUAGUAAUGUAAUUAUGAAUUUGGUUUGCAGUGGAAUUCUGGGAUAGAAGAUUCAGUAACGGCUUCUCCAAGUAAAUAUCAGGACAGGAACAUAAAUGAAUUAAUCUGAUUAUUUGUUUCAUUAUUUCUCAUUCGUUUGCGUUUCUUUGUGAAUUUAAUGGAACUGUUGGUUUCCAUUUGUGGUAAAGCUCCACUCUGUUCUGUUCAUGAUUAAUUUUAAACAAGUGUGUUGUGGUAUUCUUUUUCAACUAAAUUCUGCUCUUAUGUUC